AUGGAGGAGAGAUGGCGGAAGCUCGCGCUGUUAGUCAAGACUUGGAAUGAUAUCUCGACGGCUCUGGUUUUCGUGUGCUGCGUUGUGACAAUCACAUCCUCACGCAUCUCAUCAAGGUGGCUCACGGAAGAUGAUCCCAGCAAGGAGUCCAUCAUGCGCUCCUUCUCCUUCGCCUACCCUGCGACAGGAGCUGCAGCGAUUUUCGAAGCCGCCAAUGUGUUCUGCACCGCUGGUCUGCGUGGUGGAAUGGUAAGUGGCGGCCCAUUCGCCACUGCAAUGCUCGUGACGUACAUCGUGCUCGCGAUCUCCUAUUUCAUGAUGCAUGUGUUUGGCGGCAUGAUGGUGCACACGGACGAGCUUUGCAUCGGAGGGCCUCGGCCGGUGUAUUCUAUUCGCUAUAUUCAGUGGUGCAUCAACGUCCCCAUGCUCAUGAUGGUGUCUGGAAACCCUCGUGGUUCAGCCAGUGCAGCCGAUGCAGCUUUUGAGACCUGGCUGCAAAACACCAGGCUUACUGAUCAUCGAAAGCUCGGGCAAGAACCACUUUGGUACCGAUUUCGAGAUGGACUUCGGGCCACUGUCUUGGCCACAAUGGAGGCCUUCAGACAGAUGCCGUUGGCAGCAUCGGCCAGGUUGACAUUCAUGUACAUCGUGGCCGCUUGGCUGGCUGUGGUUGUGGAGAGCCACUUUGCGAGGUGGGUGCUUAUAGCAGUUGCAUUCUCUGCAUACCUCGCGGCAUCGAUGGAACCGAUGUUGCUGUUCUUCCAGUAUCGGCGGCUGAACGUGCCCAGCAUGACUGACCUUCUGCUCGCAGGGCAGGUGCUAAUCUUCGGCUUCUAUGGGUGCAUAUACCUGGGCGCCGUCUUCGGUCUGAUCUCGAGUGCUUUGGAGCAGGCAGCUUACACUUAUUCCGACAUUCUGGCAAAGAUGACCCACUCUGUCAUCAUCCUGGCCUACCGGCGGACAGACGAGACGAUGCAGGCAGCUACGCUACGUGAUUUCGCUAUUUCAGCAGCAGCAGACCUGAAGCGGAUGAUCCGGGAGGCCAGCGUGCCUAUCUUCUCUGUGACCACGAGCCUCAAGAUCGAUGAGUGGAAUGGCUGCAUCUCGGAGUUGACGGGGGUGACACCGGAGUUGGCAAAGGGCAAGACGCUGACAGAGGUUUUUGCCGAAGGCAGAGAAAGUCAAUGGCAGCACUUCGCUGUGGAGCUUCUCAUGGGGGCUAUUGCCGACAAUGCUACUGGCAUUGCACAAUUCCAUUUCUCGAAGAUGGAGGAUGAAGCACAAGACUUCGUGAUCAUCGCGGCGAGUGCCAGGCCACUUCGAGAUAGACAUGGAGAGAUAUGCGGAGCAGUUUGCAUCGGUCAGGACGUCACAGAGCUCAUGCUGCAAAGGAAGGAGGCCCAAGCAUUAGCUGCUGGUCUGACGCAGCUCGUCGAGACUGCUCCUGUCCCAAUAUUCGAGGUCAAUCAAGACAUGAGGGUAACGGAGUGGAACUCCUGGCUGGUGCAGAAUAUUGGUCUCACCAAGGCCUAUGUUCUGGACGCCCACCUUUUUGACUUGCUGAGUCCUUCAAGCAGAAGGGUAACAGUCGAGGAGCUCGUUCAGACCGAGAAGUCGGACACAUUCGAGCUCACGCUGGAAGGAUCCUCCAAGCAGAUCACUCUUCGCAUGAAUGCCAUGCCACGGUUGAACCUCCGACAAGAAACUGUGGGAUUCGUCUUCGUGGGCCAGGACAUCACAGAGCUCAAGGACAUUGGUGAGUGGAAGUCUGCAAUGAUGGCGAUCAUCUCGCACGAGCUGAAGUCGCCCCUGCAUGGCAUCAUGGGCCUGAGUCAAGGGUUCAUCGUGGAUGAGGAUGUGGACAUGGGUCAAAAGCGGGCCAUGGUCAUGGUCAGCAACUGUGCGAAGCGACUCAUUGACAUUGUGAGCAACAUCAUGGAUGCUGCGGAGAUGAUAAACCAAAAAAACAGGCCUAUGGCCAGAGAUCCGGUGAUGAUCGAAAGUAUCAUUCGAGAGAUGGUGCUGCUAUGCCAGCAGGCAGUAGACAAACGAGGUUUGCCGGAGUGGAAGCCCUCUGUGAAGAUCAUCAAUACGAUUACCGAGCCUCUUCCCAUCAUUGAAGGGGACGCACAUCGAUGCGCUCAGCUGAUGCAUAACCUGAUUUCCAAUGCACUAAAGUUCACCCACAAAGGGUCCGUGACCAUCUCAGCUAGUCCCGAUGACGUGGAGAAGAUGGUGACCGUGGACGUGAAAGACACUGGCAUUGGCAUCUCUGCAAACAACUUAGACCGCAUCUUUGAGCCCUUCGAUCAGGAAGACCGCUGCCUGCCUCAACUUGAUGUCAGUCUUGGGGAUCCCACACAGUAA